AGUCUUUCAGCAACAGAGUUUAGGCUGUGUCUUUGCUUCAUCAUCUGAGGAAAAAUCCACAGAUAAGGCAUAUGGCUUUCUGAGCACCAAGAAAAAAAAAUUAAAAUUAAAAAAAUAAAUAAAUACAGGCUGCUCAUCGUUUCAUGUGAAAAUUACUGACCACGAUGAGAUGGGAAAGAUAUGGCUGUUUGUUUAUAUCAGAUGUUCUGCUUCACAUUGGGAAUGUGCCGAAUAGACAGAGCUAAAAAAGGUCAGUGACUUUAAAAGUGCCUUUGUCAAGUCACUUUUAUGAGCGAGGACUGCUACGCCUGUCUUCUCAAAAACUCGUCUUUGCCAGCCAGACAUUGCCUUCACCUUAUACCUGGCAGAAGAUACCUCAUCUGUCUCCAUUUGCCAACUAGUUGAUGGGAAACUGAAAGCAGAAAGAGGCGAAGAAGAAUUAUUAUUAUUCCUAGGAUAUGACCAAACAGCUGUAUUGCUUUUCUUGGGUGGUCAAUACCAGCAAGCGACCAUCAGAGAACUAACAUUCUAUCAAGGAGUGCCAUUUCACUGAAGAACAUUGGUUUAAAACUGGUGCAUCUGUGAUACAAUCAACAAGCUCACAUGUUUUACGGACAGAAAUGCAACUGAGCAUGGUUUUUCCCAGCCAAAAGUCUACAAGUGGGACUUAAUGAUUUAUGAAUGACUGCUUGCUGAGAAACAUUGUUUAUUCUGCUUUGUGUGCGUUGGACAUCGUUAAUCAUCCCCCACUUUUUCUUUUUUUUUUUUUUUAAUUUCUUUUCCACUGGAAUUGAAAUUAUUUUCUAGUUAUUAUCUAUUAUUCUAUUAUCUGGUUGGUUGGGGCUUUUGUUUUGGUUUGGGGUUGGUUCUUUUUUUCCUUUGUUUUGGAAAUUUCUUCAGCAUAAUUCACGUGACAUCAAUUUACAAAUUCAGAAUCAGCUUUUCACCAUGGCUUUGAAUGUUGCUCCUGUAAGAGAUACAAAAUGGCUAACAUUAGAAGUGUGCAGGCAGUUUCAGAGGGGAACUUGCUCACGCUCUGAUGAAGAAUGCAAAUUUGCACACCCCCCUAAAAGUUGCCAGGUUGAAAAUGGAAGAGUUAUUGCCUGCUUUGAUUCCUUAAAGGGUCGUUGUACAAGGGAGAACUGCAAGUACCUUCAUCCACCAACACAUUUGAAAACUCAACUGGAAAUCAAUGGCAGGAACAAUUUAAUCCAACAAAAAACUGCAGCAGCAAUGCUUGCCCAGCAAAUGCAGUUCAUGUUUCCAGGGACACCACUACAGCCAGUGCCCACAUUUCCAGUGGGUCCCACAAUAGGAACGAACACGGCUAUUAGCUUUGCUCCUUACCUAACGCCAGUGACACCGGGAGUUGGCUUAGUCCCGACUGAGAUCCUACCCACGCCGCCCGUCAUUGUUCCUGGAAGUCCACCAGUUUCAGUCCCUGGUUCAACUGCUACCCAGAAACUCCUCAGGACUGAUAAAUUGGAGGUGUGCAGGGAGUUCCAGCGGGGAAACUGUGCGCGUGGAGAGACUGAUUGCCGCUUCGCGCACCCGGCGGACAGCACAAUGAUUGACACAAACGACAACACCGUAACCGUGUGUAUGGAUUACAUAAAAGGUCGUUGCAUGAGGGAGAAAUGCAAGUAUUUUCACCCUCCUGCACAUUUGCAGGCCAAAAUCAAAGCGGCGCAACACCAAGCCAACCAGGCUGCCGUGGCAGCCCAGGCAGCUGCAGCAGCUGCGACUGUGAUGACUCAGUCGACUGCCAAAGCAAUGAAGCGACCUCUCGAAGCAACUGUAGACCUGGCCUUUCCUCCUGGUGUUCUUCACCCUUUACCAAAGAGACAAGCACUUGAAAAAAGCAAUGGUGCCAGUGCCGUUUUCAAUCCCAGUGUCUUGCACUAUCAACAGGCUCUUGCCAAUGCUCAGUUGCAGCAACAUGCAGCAUUUAUCCCAACAGAUAAUCCUGAAAUAGCCGGCAGGAGCGGAACCGAGUGUCACGAAGCCUCCCUGCGGACGGCCAAGCACGGCUACUGUACAUACUACCCCGUCUCCUCCUCUCUAGAGUUGCCACAAACUGCAUGCUAAGUCAAGAAUUUGUUCUGACGGACAAAUCACAAACUCGAAAAAAAAAAAAACCACCUAAAAAAAAAAAAAAAAAAAAAAGAAAAAAGGAAAAAAAAAAAAAAAAAAAGCUAGUGCUGCUAUGUCAUAUAUGAAUAUUAAAUAUGGUAUGCUUACUAUACUCCAACCUAAAAUAGUUAACUACCUGAUACCAGCUGUGAUGUUUCAAGAACAUAAAGGGUAACAUUUAGUUUUAAAGGUUUUCUAAGCAUAGUUUAAUUCUUGCAAAUAUUGUCUUUUCUCCAUAACUAUACCUAAUGGAAAUGGUCCAGCUAAGUCAGUCUCGUGAGAUUCAGUGUUUAGUCAGUGAAUCUUUCGAGCUCAGCAAUAAUUAAGUUGUAUUGGCUAAAAACUUAUCCCAGUUGCAGGUUUAAUUUUCACCCACCCUACGAUUGGGGUUUUUCUUCUCGGUUAAAAAAAGAAAAUCAACCAAACCAAAACAAUCUUGGUUUUGCUCCCCUCGUGAGUUGAUUCCAAGACAGAGGAAGUGAAAUGCAGCCCAGUGUGCUGCAGAUCACCCUGCCAAUCUGAAUAUUUUUAGCCAGAAGUCCAAAGUAAAGCACAAAUUCUUUAGAUGCACAUGGUUGGUGUUUGACUUGUAUGGAGAAGUUGCAUUUGAGUCAUAGCAGAAUAGCAGAAGAAAAUUUUAAAAAUUUGCACAGUAUGAACUUCAUACCCCUUUCAAUCCCCAAAAGAACAAAGUCUUGAGAAUAUUAUUUUACGAGUAUAUUUAUAAUGUUUUUAAAAGAGACUUUGCAGAAGUGCCUAAAUUUUGUCACAUCAGACUUGAUGAAAGUGAGCCUGAUGCCAACUGUUCAGAUCUCACCAGAAGUGAAUAAUCUUUCAAACUCCUAGUCAGGUUACCAAAAAGUUUCAAGCUGUAAAGAAGUAACUUCUAAAAAUGUAAAAUCAAACAAACAAACAAAAGACCAAACUAACAAAAGAGAAGGAGAAAAAGAAGGCUGUAGAUGCAGACAUUUGUAUGAUACUCUAAUUUAAUUAAAAUUCAGUUGAGUCACUUCGUAGGUGACUUUAAUCUAGACUAUUAACUGAACACUAAGAAUGUAGAAUGAGAUUCAGUUUAAUAAAUCAUGACUGUAUUUGCAUUUUUUAAUUGGAUUAUGAGAUUGUAACCAGAUUAGAGUGGAGAAAAAAGUAGUUCUUUUAAUUGUUUUUCUUUAAAAACAUAUUUUAUGUCACAAAAGUAUGAAGAUAUCUUUAAUACAAUUAUAUACAUAUUAUAUAUACAUACAUACAUAUAUAUGGAUGAAGCAGAUUUUAAUGUUGUUUACUUUUUUAAAUACUUUGUUGAUUUACAAGGUAAUUAUAUAUGUAUAAUUAAAAUUUCAUUUGUUUGAUUUGAGAUUUGUUUCAAGCACUAUUGUACCAAAUAUUUCAUAUUUCACAUUUUAUAUGUUGCACAUGUAUCACAUAAAUGACAUAGUUUUUAAAUUAUUGUUUAAAAAAACGAGACAGCUGUUAUAAGUGGAUAUUAUGUAUAAUUGUUUGCAGCAUAAGUUUUCUAUGUGGACAUUAUUAGUGACUGCAGUAUUUUAACUUAACCUCUUCAGAUUGAUUGUAAACUGUUUUAAACUUUGGCAGCACUGCCUGUUCUGAACGACUGAAGGCAUUAACCAUAUAAUUAUUUGUCUAGGAAAUUAUUUUCCUGGCUAAAUCUUGUUUGUCCAAUGUCUAAUUUACUGUUUAUAUAUAAAGCUGGAGAUUUGAUCAUCCGGAAAAGAAAAAAAAUAAUCGCAAUUCGAUUGUAAAAUUAACAUAGUGCUUGUAACGUUGCGUUAGUUUUAAUUUGUGGGAAAAUAAUGUAUCUUAACUUGUUACUUUAGCAGUUAAGGUAUCACCAUUAUAUACUAUUAAAACACUAAUAUUUGUAGACUUUCUCAGUCAUUAUAACUAGGUAGUUGACACUGCAACUUGCCUAUAUCUGUCAAAGUUGUUUUUAUUUUUUUAUAAUAGUUAAUUUAGGCAUUUGGGUAGCUUAUUGUAUAAUACUAAAUGGUAAAUUAUCCAUGUUGUUUAAAUAUUUUAUGUAGAUAACCCUUCAAGACAUUGUUUUGUGUGAACUUUUUAUGUUUCGAAAUAACUGUUAUUCUAUGUUUUUUACAAUUAAUCCAAUACUACUAUUUUUUUUGCCCAUGGAUGACGAAGCUUCAGAUACAUCAGGUCUUUCAUCCAGAUAAACUGACAGACAAAAAGAGAAAAUGUAUUUUUAAUAAGAGAUCCACUUUCCGACUUUAUGACUUUGUAAUAUUCCUGAAAACUGUACAAGUACGAACCUACGUUAACAGUAAGGAGGCAAUUACAGAGAUGUGCAAAUACGUGUACAACAGAUUCUGCAUUUUAUUUAUUUAUAAAGUAAUUUUAUAGACUAUUUCAAAAUUUGGGAAGAUCUAAAACUAUUUUUCUGUAUAAAUAUUAUUUGCCAAAACUUUGUUUAUAUUUAAAAAAAAAAAAAAGUCUAAGGGAAAUGAUUAAACUUUAAAUGCUUUGUUUAAUUAAAAAAUAAAAACCAACAAAGAAACCCCCCUAAAAGAACCAUGAGAUGGGCCAACACAGAGACAGUGAAUACUGUAGCUGGGACAUGGUUUCAAGUUACUUGAGGUGUCUCAGUGUUUAUUUUCUUCAGAGGAUACAGCACCUCACCAAAAUACCUUUUUGUUUGCCUCUCUCAUCCAGCAUAAUUGACAACACGUACGAUGAAUAUUUCGGUAACAGUUAAAAGAAACCCCUCCUUUCACUCUUUUUCAGCAUAUAACUACUGGUGAUCUGUUAAAUAGCCAUUCUAUUUCUGUUGUGACGUUAAAUUCAUUCACACAAUGUACAACCACUGAAAUAAAAAGAAGCAUUUUAAAAUGA